AUGAAAUAUAUAUAUAUAUAUGAGAAAAAAAUCAAUAAGCGUUCUUCGUCUAUUAAUACAUUGAAAGAUCUUACGCAAAAUUUGUUCCGUAUAAACAAAAGCACAAUCCAAAGUGUCCUGGUCAAUCCUCGUCAAAUAGGUGCUGAAUCGACACUUUACGCACAAACAAAAGUUGCUGAAUUCCAAUCAUAUAUUGUCGAAGGUACAAAAGCCGAAAGAGACCGAACAGGCGAUUCAACAACGACAGAAACGCAAGGAGAACAGCUACUUCAUGAAGAAACUGAAACGAAUAUCGCCGAAGAAGCAGUUACUGUUCUAAAUGUCAUUGAUACACCCGGUUUAUUUGAACAUGGAGCUGCAUCUGAUACGAUUCAAGACAAUGAAACCAUUCUUAAAACUAUUGAAACAUGUAUCAACCGAGAAAUUACGAAAUUUCAUCUGAUAUUGCUCCGUACUUUCAAAAAGGUAUUCAUUUUUGGCGGCGUUCUAAAUAGAGAUAAUUGGCUGAAGGGCCAAAAGGAUACAAUUGAAGAUCAAUUCGAAACGAUUUGCGGGUAUCGAACGAAGUUAAUCGACUUAUUUAGCAUGAUAAUGUUUCCUCGAGAAAAUCAAUCGAAUUCAAAUAAAAACGUUACACAAGAAUCAAUAGUCAAUCAGAUCAAAGAACUUUACAGGAAAAAACAAAGAAACACGCCAUCCAAUCAAAAUAAUCUACAGAAAAACAUCCUCAUCAUCGGUCGACAACACAUCGGAAAAACAACUUUAAAAAAUGUUUUACAAGAUCCUUGUUACAUACCAACUAACUCCUCAUUAUUUUCUGGAGCACCUUCAACGAUUCUUUAUCCACCAUUUUCAGUACGCGAUUCAAAUCUUUCGUUAACUAUUAUCGAAACAUCUGAACCUUUCAAUGGAUCAAUGAGACAAAAAGACACAUCGAUGAACAAUGUGCAUAACUUUUGCAUUGAAAACAACAUCCGACAAGUUCAUCUGAUAUGUUUUUGUACAUCGUUCGAAGCGGGAGUCAAUGACGCAGAUAUUGAUAUUUUACAUAAACUAGUCAAUUAUUUCGGCGAACAGAUUUGUUCGAAUUUGUGUUUGGUCAUUACUCGAUGUGAAUUGAAAGGUGAACGAGAACGUCAACGUCUAUUAGAUGAAAUUGAAAACGAUGUCAACUUUCGAACAGUUGUACCAUAUUUUCGUCAAGGAAUUUAUUUUUCUGGUUCAAUAAGCCAAGAUGGAGUGAAUCGAAAAGAUUUGGAAUUAGUCACCGAACAAUUUGAAACUGUUUAUCAUUACCGACGAAAUCUUAUUCAGUUGUUUCGGAAUGUUAAAAAACCAUUUAACAUUGAUCAAAGACAACGAUCGCAACCAGAGGAAAGACGCGCAAUUCUACCCGGUACUUCUAGAUCGCACGAUCGUGUUCGUCAACAUAAAAAAUGCUUUUCAAUUUCAAAGAUUGCCGCUCUAUUAAUAGUAUUAUUAUCAAUAUAUCUCUUCAUUCCAUGGCAGACUACACAACCAGAACGACCGCGGCGAUUUGAACUGGACAAAGAUUGGGUGGAUCAUUUCACUAAUGGAUUUCAAGCUGUGAAUCAUCUAAAUCGUGUGAUAAUAUUUUCCUCUAAAGACAAUUUACAAUUGGAUUCCAAUGACGAAUUACAUUCUUUUCUAUUGCAACAAUCAACUGAAAUGAAAAAUCUUCUAAAUAAAUUCAACCAAAUCAAUGAUCUCAUCUUAGAAAAUUUUUCAAACUGGUUGUCUUCUUUUCACAGUAUUCAAAAUGAAGCUGAUGAUCCGGAAACAUUGGAUUUCUUUUGGAAAAACAUCACAGAUAUCAAAGAAACAUUCGAAAGAUUUGUCAAUGAAUUUCCUCUGGAGCAAAGUUCACAAUUCGAUGAAUUUAUUCGUAUUUUGACCAUAACAUCUUCAAAUAAGCAAAAGAUUUACGAUGAAACAUGGACUCAAAUUCCUUCAGAUGAACAAAUUCACAAAAAAACGGAAGAAAUCAAAUUCAAAUCCGAACUUGAAAAACGCGCUGACGAACAUUACAACAAAAUGUUACUUUCAUACAAAAAUCGUCGGGGAACAAAAGAAGAUGUUGAAAAAGCAUUAGCAGCUGUUAAAAAGGCUCGUGAAGAACACAUUUACGCACAGACAUGUCUUCAAUCAACAGUUGACCAAAAUCAAACAAUUCAAUUCGAACAAAUCAAACGCGAAUAUGAUUUGGAGUUCUUAACAAACAUUACCGACGAAGUAAAGAUAUUAUCCGAACAUUGGUCACACUUUCAGCAAUCCUUCGCGAUACUUUCACAACAUAUUCAAUUCACAAAACAAAUUCUCAAUGACAAACUAUUAACUUCCGGAGAUGAGCGAAUGAGUUUGAUGAGAACACAAUCAUUGAUUGUAAAGGAAUGUCAUCGACAAAUGAGAUUAAUUCAUCAGUUAUGUCAAGCACUGCAUAUUUCGCUGAAAUCUAUGAUCGACCAAUUGAAUAACAAUGAAAAAUAUUUUCGUUACGGUAAUGAAGAACAACAAUAUGAUUAUUUGCAGGAAUUAAAUCAGCCAAAUGAAGAACUUUCUUCGAUAUUAAAAUCUCUGAUAGAAUUCACUCAGGUAGAAGAAAAACAAGAUAUCGACGGAUGA